CCUUCCCUACCGGCCGUUCCUACCGACAUUUCUCUCCCAGACCUCCUCCCCUACCCCCCACCUUUAGUUUCUAGGCCUGGCUGGGUGGGGGUUCCCUGACGCCUCCCCUGGCCCUUCCCCUCACACACCCCCUUCCCAUCAUGCCCUCUGUCCUCUCUUCCCACACGGUCGCUGGCCAACACCAGAUCUUCAGACCUAGCCUCUCUCCCCCUCCCCGCCCCCCAAAUGCUCUCUUCCUGCUCGAUGAUCUGGCCCAGGAGAUGGAAGACGUGGACUUUGAGGAAGAGGAAGAAGAAGAAGAGGGCAAUGACGAGGGCUGGGUCUUGGAACCCCAGGAAGGGGUGGUCGGUAGCAUGGAGGGCCCGGAUGAUAGUGAGGUCACCUUUGCAUUGCACUCAGCGUCUGUGUUUUGUGUGAGCCUGGACCCCAAAACCAACACCUUGGCAGUGACAGGGGGCGAAGACGACAAGGCCUUCGUGUGGAGGCUCGGUGAUGGAGAGCUGCUCUUUGAGUGUGCAGGCCACAAAGACUCUGUGACAUGCGCUGGUUUCAGUCACGAUUCCACCCUAGUGGCCACAGGCGACAUGAGUGGUCUUUUGAAAGUAUGGCAGGUAGACACGAAGGAAGAAGUCUGGUCCUUUGAAGCAGGAGACCUGGAGUGGAUGGAGUGGCACCCUCGGGCUCCUGUCCUGUUGGCGGGCACAGCCGAUGGCAACACUUGGAUGUGGAAGGUCCCGAAUGGUGACUGUAAGACCUUUCAGGGCCCCAACUGCCCUGCAACCUGUGGCCGCGUCCUCCCUGAUGGGAAGAGAGCUGUGGUAGGGUAUGAAGAUGGUACCAUCAGGAUCUGGGACCUCAAGCAAGGAAACCCCAUCCAUGUACUGAAAGGGACUGAGGGUCAUCAAGGCCCUCUGACCUGUGUAGCCACCAACCAGGAUGGCAGCCUGAUCCUGACUGGCUCUGUAGAUUGCCAGGCCAAGCUGGUCAGUGCCACCACUGGUAAGGUGGUGGGUGUGUUCAGACCUGAGACAGUCGCCUCCCAGCCCAGCCUGGGAGAGGGGGAGGAGAGUGAGUCUAACUCCGUGGAGUCCUUGGGCUUCUGCAGUGUCAUGCCUCUAGCCGCUGUUGGCUAUCUGGACGGAACCUUGGCCAUCUAUGACCUGUCUACACAGACACUCCGGCACCAAUGUCAGCACCAGUCGGGCAUUGUUCAGCUGCUGUGGGAGACUGGCACUGCUGUGGUGUACACCUGUAGCCUGGAUGGUGUUGUACGUCUCUGGGAUGCCCGGACUGGCCGCCUGCUUACUGACUACCGGGGCCACACUGCUGAGAUCCUGGACUUUGCCCUCAGCAAAGAUGCUUCCCUGGUGGUGACCACAUCAGGAGACCACAAAGCAAAAGUAUUUUGUGUCCAGCGACCUGACCGUUAACAGCUGUAGCCUCUGGCAUGGUGUCUGGUGUUGAGGGGGGAUAAAGGGACGCCCCUGCCCCCAGCAGAGUUGCGGGGUGCAGAGGGAAGAGGAGGGGAGACCACUGGACUGCUUUCUGACCCCUUCAGCUGACCUGCUUACUCCUUGUCCUUUUCCUCCCUGGAGACCCGCCUUGCCAGGCCCUCCCUCCCCUGCCCAGCCCUGGGGCCUUGUAGGAGGCCAUGUCUCUUUGACUUUGAUUCGCUGGUGUGAGCCAUGGGGUGCGUCUUUGUAUGUUGGGGUUAGGUCUUUGAGGUUCCCGUUCUUUCCCUUCCCAACUCUCUGGGAAAGGAAAGGAGGAAGAGAGACUAGUUACAGAUUUUAAAAAUGUAAAUAAAAUAUACUUCCCAU